CUUACGUUACGUGACCGCCUCUUACUCUCUAACCCAUCAUUUGAAGAAUAACGUAACAUAUUAGUGUGAAAUCAACGCUUGGUCCAGCUGUUUCCUCCUAUGUGUUUAACAUCGAUGAAUCUGGAGGAUGCUAUUUAAACGAACGGAGGGAUUCUAGCGACAUUCUCGGACUAAACAAGAGUUUGGUGUAAAAGGCAGCUGAGAUUGAAGUCUGUGUGCCCCUUUGCAAGUGGAAGAAAAUACUGAGCACUCAUCAUGGCUGAAAACAACUUCCCUCCCCUGCCUCGAUUCAUCCCCCUCAAGCCAUGUUUUUACCAAGACUUCAAUGAGAUCCCCGACCAGCGCCGCACCAUGUGCAAGAGGCUCUACUACUUAUGGAUCUUGAACAGUGCAACGCUGGCUGUCAAUCUGAUUGGCUGUCUGGCGUGGAUGUGUGGAGGUGGUGGAGCGACCAACUUUGGCAUGGCCUUCAUCUGGCUCAUCCUCUUCACCCCCUGCUCCUACGUGUGCUGGUUCAGGCCGAUCUACAAAGCGUUCAAGACUGACAGCUCCUUCAACUUCAUGGCUUUCUUCUUCGUCUUCAUGGCUCAGGUGGUGAUCAGUAUUAUCCAGACGAUUGGCAUUCCAGGCUGGGGAGUGUGUGGCUGGCUGGCUACCAUCACAUUCUUCAGCACCAACAUUGGCUCAGCUGUGGUCAUGCUGAUUCCUACCGUCAUGUUCACUGCUGUGGCUGUACUCUCCUUCAUCGCCCUCUCAAAGGUGCAUAAUUUCUACCGUGGCAGUGGUGGCAGUCUUGGUAAAGCCCAAGAGGAGUGGGCCACUGGUGCCUGGAAGAACCCCCACGUCCAGCAGGCCGCUCAGCAGGCGGCAAUGGGAGCGGCACAGGGAGCCAUGCAGCAAAACCAGUACUCAGCAGCUCCAACCUACAACUACGACGACCCGAUGUAGGGCAGAGGAGGGGGCCGGGCCGCCGUGUGGGAGAGAUAAAAAGGGAUCAAUUAAGAACACAACUCAGAAUUAGGUGCCCUUCAUUACAACACUGUACAAUUCAAACAGAACAAUGUCAUGAAUUUUGGUGAAAGUGUACUUUAUUUGAAUCUGUAGGGCGUGGGAGCUUAUGUCAGUCAGUUCACAUUUGAAUCAACAGCCAGUAGUUUUAAAGCUGUUGUUUGUUUUUGUUUUUAAAUCUGUUAUGCUGCUAAAUUCAGCUGAUAAGUGUGUGUGUUGCUUUACAUGGAGAUGCUGAAUAUUUUAAAACCAGAACCCUGAGCCUUUGAGUUUAUUCAGGCAGGUUAAUCUGAGCUUUAGAGUGACUUCUCAGCUUUUAAAAGCAUCAUUAAAGCUCCUGUGAGGAGUUUUUAGUUAGUUAUGAAACAGACUAAAAUAUUUUAAUGCCUCUAGAUGAGCUACAAUAUCAAACCGGACCAUCAGUGGCAAGACUUUUGAUUUCUGUGUAGUUGUCUUUUUUUAAGGCUUGUAAACACUGCCGCAUGGAAGCCGUCUGACACAGUGAUAAAAAGGAGUGUUAUGUUGGCUUUUAAAAUGAAGUAGAGUCAGAUUUUUGUUUAGAAAAUACCACUUGCACAGGGUAAGAUUAGCAACAAAAUAUCAGGGACUUCUUUGUCCAUAGGGGGCGCUAGAAUCAACACAAGGCAGACGUUCCUAACAGGGGCUUUAAAAGACCUUUAAUGUGUUUUUGAUUUAAUGUACCGUGGAAGCUCUGUAAAAAAUGUCCAUAAAGGUUUGAUCAGAGUGGCUCAACUAAUAGGAAAAUUUUCAAAUUCUCUUCUUGCAUAGUCUGAUAAAAUUAUUACAAUACCUUAUAUUGGCAUUGCUACAUAAAUAUAAAGCUUUUUGACCUUUGAAAUUGGAUAAGAUUAACUGUCUUUACCUAAGUGUUUGGGUAAACACUGACUUUUGUACUAGUUUGUUAUCUCAACAACAGAAUCCACAUCUAAAAUAAAAAAAACAAACAAAAAUACAGCGUUUGAAGGAGGCUGUGAAAUGGGACAACCUUUUAUUCCCCUUUAAAUGUACCUUUUAAAGAAUACAGCCCCUGAAUUUAAGACAAUCUUGCAGUAGACCGUUGAUCUGACACGCCAUAUGUACCAGAAAAUACAAAAAUACACAAUAAAACGUAAGAAAUAAAACUGGAUUAAACCUCCAUGCUAGAGUAAAGGUUAGGAUACCAGAAGUUUAAAGUUAAAAACCUAACCUGCAAAACCUGAAUAAUAAAACGUUUCAUAAAGCCGGGUAGAUAGUCUGCUUACAGGAAAACAAAGCUUUUCCUCCAUGAAAACAUUAUGACCAAGCAAGCAGAGCUUAAAAAGGUCCGUUAGCUGUGUAAGCUACAUAGAUAAACGGCCUACAUAGAUUUUGAGCAUUUGCAUAGCUGACAAGGCAGCUAUGUAAGUUUUGUAUCUACAUUAUCUAUGUAGCUAAGUUAGCUUGAGCUCCUGUUGCUAAAACUUACUCAGCUAUAGAUAACAGAGCUACGUAGCUAACAUAGCCAUCGUAGUUUAGGCUAAGCUCACUUAGCAUUUAUGUAAGCUACCAUAAUGUGUAAUCUACAUAGCUGUAGCUGUAACUUGAAAUACGUUGUGCAGUAAGUUACGGCACUUCCUUUCUGAGAUAUAUUGCGUUUAGAUGAAUGGUCUAUGAGAGUGGACUUCAAAGAUGUAGGGUCUGCACCUAGACCCCUCUCCCUGAAUUGGGACGUAGCGAAAGAGUAUCAGUUUCUGAUAUUCCAAACUUACUCUGUUAACUAGAUUUUUUACUUAUUUUUCUUAACUAAUGAGAAGUUACUCUGUGCCGGAUAAACCUUUCAAUUUGAGCCAUUUCUUUUCUACAUACUCAGGAAAGAUGGUGACUCCCUGGUUUUUAACCUUUAAAGCCCAAAUCGUGCUAACAUGUUGGGCUUUUGUCUCCUUAUUUUUAAUCACCAUUACUCAACCAUUAAUGGGUGUUUGGUUAUGUCAUCACGCACACACUAGUUAUAUGUUAGCAGGUUGAUUUCAGUGAGAUAAAACUCUGAUUACAUGUUAAAAGUGAAGCACAUGCAGUAUUUAGGAUUGCAGUUCAUUGGAUAAAACAUUCCAGUUCAAUGUUGUACGUGUUUGAAGUGACCAAAACCAAAACAGAUGCAGGUUGGACAUAAAGUAAAUAUAAUAAUCAUUGUUGUAGGUGGUCAUAGCAUUGUAUGAAGUGAUGGAUGUUUUCCCUCCUUUUGGCAGAUUCUCCCACGUUCCCGUACAUGUAAAUGCUUCAAUGACUACUUGUUUCUGAAGAUUUCAGGCCUUAGUGUGUCAUUUUGUGGCUGUUGGUGUUAUUCUAUGAGUAGCUGUAAUAUGAUGUUUAUAUCAAAGAAAAUAGAACAUAAAAUCAAGCCCAGUAUUUCUUUUUUGAAAGGGAGAGUAAAUGUGUGUGUGGCCCCGCUGAGGCUGGAGACAGUGCCAUGUUAAUGUCUGUGAAAAGAUUUUGUCUUCAACAUUUGAUAGGUGGUGAUUUCAAACAGUAUUAGACUUGAAACAAAUGUGAAGUAUCUGAAUGCUUGUUAUUCCCAAACCUGUGAGUUGUCUUGUCUGACUGUGACGAUGUGGUACUCUAUAUAGGCUCUUUGUUCUUUUUACUUUUUCUGUUGUUGUUUUUUGUAUCGCCCUUAUUUUGUGUGUAUUUAGGAUGAUGUGUGAGUGAGUUUGAAGUCAUGUCUUUCCAUGGCUGUGGGUAACAAAAUAUUGAAUUUUUUUUUUUUUUACAUUGUUUUAAUUUUCAAAAGCUUCCAAGUAUGUUUGCACUUGGUCAUCUGCUGCCAUCAAUGCAAACUAAAUUCACUUUAAAUCACAGUGCAGCAAUACUCUAAUAAAUAUAUUAAAUUGUAGAUUUAUUAGGAAAAGAUUCAUAAAGACCCAAAGUGUAAAGGUGAAAAUUGGGCUUUUACUUGCAUUUGGACUAAGGAAGCCCUGAGCAGACAUGCAUCAUACAUUUUAUAACUCCAUCUGGGAGGACGAGAAGCCAUUUCUCACUGUUUUCAAGAGAUCUUGACAUAUCUAUCCCUUUAUCUUAGGAUCAAAAAUAUGUUUUUCCAUGCCAAUGACUUAAUGUCAUUUUUCCCCUUGAGAUUAAAUUUGAUAUAGCUUAAAAUUGCAACAAUUUUAUUUUAUUUUUUCUCUCAUGAUGAUUUAUUUAUCGGGCGAUACCUCGACUUUUUCUUAGCUCUUAGCUUCUUUAACUUAUCUUAAGAUAGCAAUGGUUUUCCCAUGAUGCUUUUAAAGCUUUAUUCUGUGCUUUUUUGCCUUUAUUUAAGAGUCAGGAAAGUGGAUAGAGUUGGACACUAGGGAGAGACAGACAGCUGAUUCAGACUGGGUGUGUGGCAGCUGUGCUUCAGAUGUGUCAAGUAUUAGAUUUCAUUUCAAAGUGCAUGUUGACAUCAGGGCUCUAAGACUGCCAGGAUGAGUGCUGCAUCUCACAUGGCUAAAAUCUAGAGAAUAGAGGGCUCAGCUAUAUUUUCUACAAGCCACAUAUCUCUUUGGAAAAAAUUGACAGGAAAACAAUAGAGAGACAAAUUAAUUUUGUUUUAGCAGAUAUUACUUUUUCAAAGGAAACUCCACAGAUUCUUGUCACAGUCUGUCCUGACCUCACUUGUACAGUGUCAGCAUCCACUUGUAGGUAGAUAAAACCUUUGGAGAAAGACAGGGCUGUGACAGCAGUGCAUGUGCCUGGUAAGAAACCCAUGACAAGACAUGCACAGCAGCCGUCACGCAGCAAACGCUCACCCAGUCUGAAACAGGUGCAGGAAAGGAGUCACAGGCUGGAUUCAAACCCAUGCCACCUAUUUUGAAGACAGUAGCCUUUGCACUUGGAGUGCUGGGACAUAUCCAGGGAUGGGUAUCAAAAUCUGGUACCGACAUGGUAUGGGUACCAAUACCUGCCAUGCCGGAUUACAUCAUCCCACCCUAGUCAACCCAGCCUAUCACUGCAGAUGAUAGACAUGAAAAGGCAUCUUAUAUGAUUUAUGCAAACUUGUUUUAUUUCCUCUUUUGAUCAUUUUGUCAUCUAGAGAAAUGACCAAAACAACCAGACAUGACUGAUUUUCACAAGAAAGAGUGAUAAAAUGCUUGGAUGCAUGUCCACUCAGGGCUUCUGUGCAGCCAGACACCACUAGUAUACUGAAACAUUUUCACCAGCAGAUGCACAGUAACCCUGAGUGUAACCCUGUAAACCAUACCAUUCACACGUUCAUCUGUUAGUAAAUGCACAAACUUUAACCGAUCAGCUAAAGAAAAUAAAGGACACAUGAAGAUGAACAAAAGAGCUCCAUUCUCUCUGCGUUUUGUGAGCUCUUGUGUUUUCUGGUGAAUUUUGGAUCAGUCCAUUAUAAUGUACAUACAGCACAGUUAAUGCUAUUAUAAGUACAGCUGUAUAGUCAUCAUGUAGCAGGAACACGCUGCUUUUCAUGUCGCUGUAUCAAAGCUUUCCCAUCACUGCACUCAUUGUUCCCACAUGUACUGUACAUUGUUUGAUAUGUAUUAUCAUGUACUAUAUCAUAACUAGAUAUAAAUAUAUAAUAAUUACUAAAGGUGAGCUAAAUAUUAGCCAUGGAUAAACACAUUCAGCAGAAACGUGCUCUAAUUAGGUGAAUAAAAGGAGGCUGUGUCUCCAUGAAUGAGGUCAGUGAGGAAUACAUUUUUGUGUAUUACUUUUGUAUUAUUUGGUCUUACCCUGAUAGAUAUUAAACAGUUCUUGUUGCA